GCCGGCAUCCGCAGCACACACUCCACAGCAGGGCAUCUGGUCUGGAAGUGACGCGGCUGCUGGAGACGGGGAGAGCGGUGCAGGGGUCCCGGAGCAGGAAGUGUAGAAGAUUUCUGUGCCUUACUCUGCAAAAAUGAACAAUAAAGAUAUAGAUGAGGAAGACCAUCCUUUGAAGACCAGUGAUGUGAAAGCACUAGAAAAUAACGACAAGAGUGGAGAAAAGGAUUUGUGCAUCAAAAAGCAAAGUGGACUUUCACGUUUGUCCAGGGUUCGCACUGCAGCUUUUUUUGGUGCAUUGUUUCUUUGUCUGACAGCAGUGUUUGCUUUUUCGUUUAUUAUUCCUUGCCCUGUGAGACCUUUUUCUCAGAGAACUUGGAGCAUACAGUAUGACAGUGCAGUUGGUUAUGCUUUUCUGGCUACAGAAGAUGUGAACCAUGAUGCAGUGAAAGAUGUUCUUUUUCUUUUCAAAACUGACAAUACCAGCAACUUAAAUGUAUCCUGUGCCGAUGAAGGAUUCAACUUGCCAUGCUCCUUUUUAUCUGCUUUGUCUGGAACAAAUGGAAGUGCCUUGUGGGUCAGACCUGUGGCUGAUGAUGAUGUGCAGUUAGUGGAGUGCGGUAUUCAGAAUCUUGGUGGCGUGGAACGUGCUGGCUGCCUAAUUAUUAGGAGAUCUGCAUUUAUGUUAGCAAUUGAUUCAGAAACAGGAAACAUUUUGUGGGAAACACAAACUGGCUUUGAUGCUACAGCAAUUGUUAAAGAGCCGGUGCUGAAAAUUUCAGAUGUAGAUCAUGAUGGAGUAGAAGACAUAAUGGUUUUUGUUACUGUGGGAGAUAAACUACAGAGUGCAGUGUUCUCAGGAAAAAGUGGUGAGCAAAUUGGCAGAAACUGGAGUAUUGGUACUGAAAAAUCAAGUAGUUAUUAUGUGCAUGUCACAAAUUCGAAGGCUCUGUAUGUCCUAUUCUAUGAAGCAGGUGGCUCCAUUGCUGGAUAUUCUGUCAGUGACCUGUGUUUAAACACUGCAGGUCCAGAAAGUAAACUUUUAUCCAUCAAGCAUGAUCCUGACUGGCAGGAACAAAUGAACAUUUCUGCAGGCUUUAUACCUAUCAUAACAUCUACCAGCUCUGGUAAAAUUCUGUACUUACUGAGUGUUCCUGGAAGAUAUUAUAACAACAUUUUGGUUGUGAAAUCAGAGGUUUCAGAAUUGCUUGACGGUCAAAAAUUUCGAACUUUGUGGUCUGUGAACACAACAAACAUUUUAAGUAAACCAGCACUGGGGUACUUCAAGAGAGAUAUUUUGUCCGUAAUGAUGGAGCUAGAGACUGGAGUUAACACAAAGAAGGUAAUUAUUGUAGACAGCUACAGUGGAGCUAUACAGUGGGAGGUUGAAAUGAAUUUGGGAGUUGCCAGACAAACCCCUGCUGUAUUGAAUACUGGAGACCAUCGCUCAUUUUUCCUCUUCUGGGGAGAUUACGCUACAGAUUCCAAUCGCACUAUGGAGCCAAGGGAAAAUCUGUACAUGUUUCACCCAUCACAACUGAAUGCUCUCUUUCAACUAAGCAAUCAUACUGAGAAUAUAAUCAAGUUUGGAGCAACCUUAUUUGAGCGCAGCAGGCAUGCCUGUUAUCUUCUGCUGACCGGACCUAACACGAACGAGAAACCUGGCACAUUGACUGUUUCCAAGCGAAAAUUAAAAGAAGAUAUCAGUACUGGAAAAGUCAUAUGGUUUGGAAACGGAGAGGUCGAUACCGAAGAGAUAAGAGACAAUUUUUUUAGGAUGAGAUACACCAGUCACUAGCCGGAAGGAACCAGCGGCAAAGUGGUUUUCUCAAAUACGGUUAUCAUCUUAUGUGGAGGAUGUAAGAAUUUCUUUGCAAUGUCAGAUGCAGGAAUAAUUUUGUAAUAGUAAAUGUAGAAGUUCUUCAGUGUGUUUAAGGUAUUGAUGGAGUAAAAAUAAAUUGGUUCUGUUCCUUAAGCCCCUUGGGGUGCUAUACUGUGAGAAAUUACCGCUAUACAUAUAUUGAUGGCAUUUAUAAAUGAACAAAAUACAGCCAACAUUAUGAUGACAGUAGAUUGCAGCAAGAGUGUUCUAAACUGUGCUGGCAGGUGACAAGGAGUCAGUGGGUUUGAUGUGUGGAUUAUUCACAUUUACCAGAGUAUUGUAAUUGCUGAAUAUAUACAUUGUAAUCUGACCAUUUCAUUUAAAAAUUCCCUCUGACAAAAUCUCCAUCAUGCCAAUAAUAUAAAUGACAGCCUCGGAUUCAUGCAAUGUUUGACAAAGUUAUUCCUGCAUCUAUUCUUCUUGCUAACAAAUAUAUGACUGUACAUGGGUGUAUGGUCCGUGGGAAUAACACGGACACCUGAAAUACUAAGUUCUGCCAGUAAAAUAUAUGUAACAACAGAUCAUGACAUACAGUGACCUGGGACAUUUUACAUUUCAGAUUUUUAAACAGAGUUUGGCAAGAAGAAGGUUGUAAACAGUGGCAUUAUCUAUAAUGGGUGCAGUGUGUGCGGUUCCGAGGUGCCCACACCGCACAUCCUGCACUCAUCUUUUCAAUACUUACCUCUCCAGAGUCCAGCGGCAGCGACUCUGAGCAGUAGGUGGUGCGCACCUAGUGCUCUGCUACUGCCUGCUAGAGAGGAGGGGGCCCGGACGGAGAAUGUGCACGGGCCCCCUCCUCUCUUAAUACACCACUGGUUGUAAAUGAGUAUAUCUUUAAUGCACUUGAAAGUAACAGAUAAAGUGUUGGUAAUAAGAUUGUAUAUGGAUCAUUGGCAUAAAUGUAUGUCUUACAUUUGUGUUGAUAGAAAGCUUUAAAAAAACAGGAAACAAUGCCACAAUUGUCUAUUUAUAACACAUUAACAUAUAAUGUCCAUAAUUAAAUAUCAUAAUAUCAACAUUGGUUUUAUAUAUGACUGUGCUAUUAUGGAUAAGUGAAAUCCAUACUUUCUAUAUACCCUAAUAAUAGGGUAAGUGUACUUAUUACCACUUAAUACUGCUUGGCAACUCCAAGUGGGUUAAUUUUUGCCAAGAGAAGGUUCUACUGUUAAUUACUAUUAAAUAAGCACAAUUGGAA